GGCCACGCCCCUUCUCUCGCCCUCGGUCCCGCUCAAGCUUUCGGCGUUGGGAGCGCGAGGCCCAGACUGGCCCGGCCCGGCUCUCUUGUCCCUUCGCCGUCUCCUUCCGCCCGCUCGGGGGAAAGAAGAAGACGUCUUCUUCAAAAGUACAGUGAAGGUGGGAAAGAGACUCAUUCAGGAGAAUGAGUGAACUGGAGCAGUUGCGGCACGAGGCGGAACAACUCCGUAAUCAAAUCAUAGAUGCUAGAAAAGCGUGUAGUGACACAACUCUUGCUCAGAUCACCACAAGCCUUGACUCGGUGGGCCGAAUCCAGAUGCGCACAAGACGUACCUUGAGAGGCCAUUUAGCUAAAAUAUAUGCCAUGCAUUGGGGAUCCGAUUCAAGGCUACUAGUGAGCGCUUCCCAAGAUGGAAAAUUAAUUAUUUGGGAUAGUUACACAACAAACAAGAUGCAUGCCAUUCCUUUAAGAUCUUCCUGGGUCAUGACCUGUGCGUACGCCCCAUCUGGCAAUUACGUCGCCUGUGGUGGAUUGGACAACAUCUGCUCUAUAUACAACCUGAAGACACGAGAGGGCAAUGUACGAGUGAGCAGAGAACUACCCGGCCAUACUGGGUAUUUGUCUUGUUGUCGCUUUCUAGAUGACAACCAAAUAGUCACAAGCUCAGGGGAUACCACCUGCGCUCUAUGGGACAUUGAGACUGGCCAGCAGACUACUGCUUUUACUGGGCAUACCGGUGAUGUAAUGAGUCUCUCUCUCAGCCCAGACAUGAGCACCUUUGUUUCGGGUGCCUGUGACGCGUCAUCCAAGCUCUGGGAUAUUCGAGACGGAAUGUGCAGGCAGUCUUUCACAGGGCACAUGUCUGACAUCAAUGCAGUUUGUUUCUUCCCCAACGGCCAUGCCUUUGCCACUGGCUCUGAUGAUGCCACCUGUCGGUUGUUUGACCUGCGAGCUGACCAGGAGCUCACGAUGUACUCUCACGACAACAUCAUCUGUGGGAUCACAUCCGUCGCUUUCUCAAAGAGCGGCCGCCUCUUGUUGGCGGGCUACGACGACUUCAACUGCAACGUUUGGGACUCCCUGAAGGGAGAGCGUGCAGGUGUUCUUGCUGGCCAUGACAACAGAGUCAGCUGCUUAGGAGUUACCGAUGACGGCAUGGCUGUAGCUACAGGAUCUUGGGACAGUUUUCUCAGAAUCUGGAAUUAAUCUGGCAGUACACACACACACACACACACACAGACACGCACACCUUCUCCACCAAGAUCUGGAGAGAUCAAUGCUG